AUGAAUCAAAUUAUGGUCGCCAGCCGAGUACAUUGCGCCAGUCGGAUCGGGUGGAUUGGCAUUCUUUUUCUUGUGACCACUAUGAUUUUCUUCGUAGCUAUGGAACGUAAAAAACUACUCACACUCUAAAGCGUGAAAUUUUUUGAGCCAUAUGGCGCAAAGAGUGAGCAAACGCAUUAGGCUCUGCUGCACACGCUUGGCGGUGCGCACUACUCUCCAGAGUGGGCCCGCUCUGCUCCAGCCGCCAAAUAGGCUCACGCGGCUAGGGAAGCAGAGCCCCACCUUCUGCCGAGUCGCCUGGAAUUUGCUGGGUCUGCGCACGCAGCUACGGGUAGAAUGGCCUUUGCCUCCCUUCCAUUCGGCCUCUGCUGCCGAGUUUGGAUUUGGCCAGGGCUGGCCAGAAUGGUCGGGAGGUGGGACCUGCCGAAAUCGUUUAGAGUAGGUUUUUCGGUGUUUGCAAAAACCGGCCUCCCCUGCCCGACAAUCCCGCGAAAAAGGCCUUCACAAAAAACCUACUCUAACCCUUUCAGGGGUCCCUUUGGGUGAGGGGUCGGAAUCGGUUUAGAGUAGGUUUUUUGGAGUUUGCCAAGGGCUCCGCAGUCUUGGGCGCCCUGUCGUGCUGGGCAGCCCCAGAAAAGGGCGCAAGAGUAGGCCGCGCCAGUGCUGCGCUGUGGCUGCCACUUCGGAUCUUGGCCCCUUGGCCCGUCCGAAAGCCGCUCAACCCGAAGCAGAGAGUGCGCACGAUCUCGCCAACAGUUGCCCACACGCGACGCCACGCGCCUGCGUGCAGUUGCUUACUGAACAAUUCUCAAAAAAAUUCACGUUUUAGAGUGUGAGUAGGUAUUUACGUAUCAUAGUAGCUUGGGACGUGGCAAAAGUAGGCGGUGGGUGUCGUUUCACUACCAGGCAGAAGGUGUCCCCCUACCAAGCCCCGGCUGAGGCGUUAUCUCAGUCAGCGCCAGACCAUGUCGCGAAGCUCCACUUUCCCAACGGAAUCGACACUGUCAUUAUCGAUAUCGGCUUGAAUAGCGAAAUACUCGAGCCAGCCGCAAACGAAUUCGUGGUGGCUGUGGAAGCAAACUUGGAUAGCAUUCGUGAUUAUCACCUGAGUGAUUUGUGCGCGGAUUUGCAGAGGUGUACGCUCAUCAAUGCGGCGGUGACCAAGACUGGCGGGCUGGUGGAGCUGCACCGUACCUCACGGCGCGGGGGGGGGCACUCCCUUUACCUUCCGGGCCAGGGCAUGGACCGUAUGUCAAGCUGGGUGCCUGCGAUCUCGCUGAAGCAGAUACUGGACGCCAUACCGCAAGAAAUCAAAAUUUUCCUAAAAACUGAUACAAAUGGAAACGAUGUCGGGGUGCUUCAGUCUGCGGGGGCCAGCAUCAAGCGUAUUCAACAAGUGCAGGCAGAGACCAUAGAGUACCCCGACACGAGGAGUCGGGGGGGCAUGCCCGCCAAUCAGGGGCAAAACAUGAAGACCCACAUGUCGGAAAUGGGAUUCACCGCGCGAGUUAUGAAGGAAAGCCACCCGGCGCCGGGGAAAGCGUAUAUCGAUUACGUGUUUUGGAAGGGUACUGGCACGGGUCAGUUUUUCCCUCGAAAGGCGCGUGCCUACCGGCCAUAG